UGUGUUCAGUACACGUGGGCUGUGUACAUGACAUGCAGGUUUUCCAUAAUGUUUGUGUGCCAAGUAACAAGUAUUAGGAAAGGAAGCCCCGUGCAUUACUGAAGAUAGACAAUGGAGGGAGCAUCAAACAGCACCAUCUUAGCCGUAUGUCAGUGUUACAAGUCAUAAAACAUUCAAAUGGACAUUUAGACGUGUUGGUGGUUCUAGAGGAAAAGUGAGAGGAUCGCCAAAGUCAGCAGGAUUCGUCCUCUGGUCAUCGUGAAUGUCUUCAGACAGUUUCUCGGCAAUCUGUCCAGUAGUUGUUGAGAUAUUUCAGCCUGGACCAAAUGCACGCUGAUGGUCAUCUAUGGAGAAACGUCAGCGUUUGGAUCUUUGAUGGAUCUGGUCUUUGUUUGUGAUCAGAUGCAGUCAUCUUACAGUGAUAACAGGUUGCCAUGGUGAUCCCCCUGCAGCAUAGCAACAACCUCAGCACCGGGCACAGCUCCGUGGUCGACCCCGCCGCCGGCGCGCUCAGCCGGGCAGGUCACACCGCGGUGGCCGUGGUCCUCGGGUUCAUCCUGGUCCUGGGCUUCAUCGGUAACUUCCUCGCGCUCCUGGUGUUCUCGCGCUUCCCGCGGCUGCAGACUCCCGUGAACCUGCUGCUAAUCAACAUCAGCGCCAGCGACAUGCUCGUCUGCAUCUUCGGGACGCCCCUCAGCUUCGCGGCCAGCGUGCGCGGCAGGUGGCUGACCGGGACCUACGGGUGCCGGUGGUACGGCUUCUCCAACGCGCUAUUCGGUAUCGUCUCUCUGGUGUCUCUCUCUCUGCUGUCCUUUGAGCGCUAUGUGGUGGUGCUCCACAGCACCCAGCCGAACUCCUCUCAGUACCGCAGGGCCGGGCUCGCCGUCGCUGCCUCCUGGCUCUACUCGCUGGUCUGGACUGUGCCUCCGCUGCUGGGCUGGAGCAGCUACGGGCCGGAGGGUCCCGGCACCACCUGCUCGGUCCAGUGGCAGCAGCGCUCGGUCGCAGCUCGCUCCUACGUCAGCUCUUUGUUCAUCUUCUGCCUGCUGUUGCCGCUGCUGGUCAUGAUGUUCUGCUACGGGAGGAUCCUGCUGGCUCUGCGAGCGGUGGCCAGGCAGGUCAGCGGGAUCAACCGGUCCUCAGCUGAGCAGAGGGAAGGCCGUGUCCUUUUAAUGGUGGUCUCCAUGGUGACGGGCUACCUGUUGUGCUGGGUGCCAUAUGGUGUUGUAGCGAUGCUGGCUUCCUUUGGACGGCUCGGCAUGGUGUCUCCUGCCGCCACUGUUGUCCCCUCGCUGCUGGCAAAGACCAGCACCGUCCUCAAUCCUGUCAUCUAUGUGCUGCUCAACAACCAGUUUUCCAGGUGUUUCCUGUACAUGAUCAGGUGCAGCUCGGAGACUUCGCCCACACCAGUCCACCACACCCUGCCCAGAAGCCAGGGGGUGUGGCUUCACGCCCCCAACCCCGUAACAGAAGAACAAAACAUGGUGCCUGCCACGUUCACAUCCAGGGACCAGCAGGUACCGCAGGCUGCCCUGGUGCUAGUGGCUCAAUAUACAACAUAGAGGACAAAAGUCAUUUUAACUCCAUGAUUAAUUAGAAAAAAAGGCAUUAUUCCGUUUUUUAAUUUAUUUAAAUCAUUUGAAACAAAA